AGUUGAGCCAUUAGAUGCUGGGCACACAAAGUGUUUAAAGAGAGUGAUGUUCCGUCUUAGUGUGCAGGUUUUUUGUUGUCGAUAUCACAGCUCAGAAGAUCUCAAGGACAUACCUCUUUCUUCAUUUCAUCCUUUAUACUCUGUCAAACGUUUCCACCAUGGGGUCCAUCGGCAUCAGUGAACCGGCUUUGUUCUACCAGAGUGCCUACACGACCAAGCACCCUACCGUGGUGUCUGCUUCAGGUCUGUAUCUGACGCUUGAAAAUGGCCAGAAAGUCCUCGAUGCGACGUCUGGUGCUGCCGUGUCGGGAAUUGGGCAUGGCAACAAGCGUGUGAAGGACGCCAUCAUUGCGCAAUUAGAUAAAGUCGAAUACGCGCACCCGGGCUAUUUCCAGAAUACGCCGUCCAACGAUCUUGCGGAUUUCCUCAUCCAAAGCACAAAUGGAGAGAUGGCCAGAGCAUGUCUCCUUGGUUCAGGGUCUGAGGCUAUGGAAGCAGCUAUGAAGCUUGCACGACAGUAUCAUAUCGAACUCUCCCCUGGCUCACGUCGACUCAACUUUAUUGCUAGAAAAGGCUCCUGGCAUGGAUGUACGCUUGGCACGCUCUCUCUGGGAGACUUCAAAGCUAGGAAAGAACUUUUCAGCUCCAUGCUGCACACCAACGUCACACAUGUCUCGGCUUGCCAUCCGUACCGUGGUCUCCGCGAUGGCGAGAGUGUCGAGGAAUAUGUUACCCGGCUCGCACAGGAAUUGGAAGACGAAUUUCAAAGGCUAGGCCCCGAGAACGUUUGUGCAUUCGUCGUUGAGCCAAUGGUUGGCACUGCUCUAGGUUGCGUCGUCGCCCUUCCCGGCUACCUCCAAGCAAUGAAAGAGGUCUGCCACCGCCACGGAGCGCUCAUCAUUUUCGACGAAGUUAUGUGCGGUAUGGGACGCACGGGCUACCUGUAUGCCUGGCAACAUGAUGGCGUGGUUCCGGAUAUCCUCGCAGUGGGUAAAGGGUUAGCUGCUGGAUAUGGUACCAUCUCGGCUCUGCUGCUGCAUCAGAGGGUGAUUGAUGGCCUACGUGCUGGCAGCGCUACUUUCGAGCAUGGACAGACCUAUCAAUGCCACCCAAUUGACGCCGUGGCCGCUUUGGAGGUACAGCGCAUCAUACAGGAGCAGGGUCUGGUCCAGAACGCACGCAAGAUGGGCAACUUGUUUGGGGAAUUACUGAAAAAAAGAUUUCAGGACCACCCUCACGUUGGUGAUGUCAGAGGGCGUGGCCUUUUCUGGUCCAUCGAGUUUGUCGCUGACAAAGCGACCAAGACCCCCUUCGACCCCAAGCUAAAUAUAGCACGUCGUUUCCGAACGCGAGGCCUCGAGAAAGGCUACGAUGUUUGCCUCUUCUCGGCUCAGGGCUGCGCUGACGGAUGGACUGGUGAUCACUUCCUCCUCGCGCCACCGUAUAUAAUUACCAGCGCAGAUGCCGAAGAAAUCGUAUUCCGAGCCGGACGUGCAGUGGACAGCGUGUUUGCCGAGCUGUAGGUAAUUUUGCUUUGGUAGAUGUCGUGCACUAGAACUAGAAAAUCGG